AUCAGAUCAAACGUGCAGGUUGUUUACAGGCACCAAGAGCGGCCUUUUAGUAACUCUAGCAGCUGUUUAAAGCUAGUUUAGCUCGGUAUUAGCUGGUUACCGACACAAGCGGGCUGCUUCUCAGAACCCGCACCGCAAACUGCACUUUACGCUCCGCUCCGUCCGUUAAAAACCUCGUGUCACGAAGCUGCUGCAUUAUUAAAGAUGCCGAUGAUACUGCGGUCCCGGAGGUCCAUCCACCCGACUCAGGCCCCGGCGCUAGAGUUACCGGAGCAAGACGCUGUGCCGGCGACACCGAGAAGGUCGACCCGCCUGCGAGGGAGCCUUACGUACGAGGAGACAGAUGAGUCAGAGUCUGAGUCCGUCCACAGCGAGGGAGUGAUGGAGACACUUCACAGACCCACUGCAGAGCUGGAGGAGGAGGAGGAGGAGGAGGAGGCUGCUGAGGAGGCACAUCUAACGGAGCUGAAGUAUUGUAGUGUUGUGUUGGACCGUCUCCAGGCUGAAGACAAAGCAGCCAGAAAAGAACUCGAGGACAAAGAAGACAUGAACCGUAAAGGUGAGAAACGCGUCUCCAGAAUCCCUACUUUCCAUAAACGACCCUCUGGCGUCGCCCCGAACACGGAGCUGCCUGUUCCCAAAAAAGAUCCUCCGGUUGCUCAGCCUCCUGAGAAACCUGGAACUGUGGAAGCUUCGAAGUCCAAGUCACCCGAGGCCAGAGAUACGGCUCUCCCCCUGCCGUCUAUCCGCGUCCCCAAAAUCGGCUUUGAAGCUCCUCCAGGGUUCGGCGGCGCAGAACAAGCAGCUUUAACAGCUCCCAGCUCCAUACCUACAGCACCCAAGAGCUGGAGUUUGUCUGAGUCUGUUCCUUACCCUGUCAUGACGGCGAGCCCCCGGCCUGCCCUCAGACCACAGCAGGGCUCAGAGCGAGAAGAGCGCAAAAUCUUACAGACUGAAGCCAACACCAUCCCUGAUGACCCUGUAGGUCACCUUCCACACGAGGGCUCCCUCAGCCAGAAGCCGCAUGAGGACCCAACAGAGAAGUAUGGUGCUGGAGAUGAAGGCGAGAUUACCCUCCCUGACUUCAGAAAGUCUGCAGAGAUGGCAACUGAUGUCAGCGAAGUGGAUGCUGCUUCCCUCCCUGCCUCUGAAAAGUCUGCAGAGAUAACAGCCGAGGUCAGUGAAGUGGAUGCUAUUAUGGAUGAAGAACCACCGUGGGAGACAGAACCAAUGAAUGCAGCUGAACUGAAGGACAGCAGGUCUUCAUCGGAUGCUGAAUAUGAGGAUGAGGAUUUGGCAAGUGACAAAUACAAGGGUCAGGAUUCAGGUGGUGUGAAGGAGCAGCGUGAACCACUGAUAAUCCAAUCAGAGGCUCCAAGUGUUGCAGAGAAAAGAGCCAAUGUUGAUGAAUCCAGUUCUCCUGUAGCAUCAGAGAAGCCUGUUAAAGUGACAUCACACAAGUCGGCUCAGAGGUCAGGAUGUUCCAGUUUCACCCUCUUCUGCCUCCUGCCCACCACCUUGCUGCUGCUCGGAGGGUUCGGUCAGCACGUUUGGCACUACGGGCUUCCCAUGUCUGUGGCUCAGCUCACGGCUCAGCUGGAGCUGCACUGGCUGGAGGGCUUUGGUUUAGUGCCAGAGCCGUGUAGCACUGACUGUCGAGUGCGCCUGGUGGAAAGCAUUCCUGCCGGUCUCUACCAGUCCUGUCCUUCAAGACAGACCAUCGCAAACAGCUGGCUGCAUCUGCUGGACGAGGCCAACAGCUCCGUCCACAUCGCUGCUUUCUACUUCACACUGCGGGACAGAGAUCUGCAGCUAACUGAGUCGUCCGACUAUGAGGGAAGACACGUCUUUGAGAAACUGAAGCAGCUUGAGUCCAAAGGUGUGAAACUUCAGAUUGCCGUCAACGCCCCCCAGACAUCAACACUAGACACUGCAGAACUGGCUGCAACAGGUGCCGAGGUCAGAGAGGUGGACCUGCAGGCUGUGACCGGAGGCAUCGUCCACACCAAGCUGUGGGUGGUCGACCAGAAGCACUUCUACGUGGGCAGCGCUAACAUGGACUGGCGCUCUCUAAGUCAGGUGAAGGAGGUGGGUCUGUCGGUGCAGAACUGCAGCUGCCUGGCUCAGGAUGCUCUUCGGAUCUUUGAUGUUUACUGGAGCAUCGGCGGCUUGAACAACGGUUCUCUGCCACCGUACUGGCCCGCUCGGCUCUCUGCUCUGUCCAGUGCUGAAAACCCGCUGCGCCUGAAGUUCAACGGAGUCCCUGCUCGGGUUUACCUGUCUAGUGCUCCUCCUCAAAUCUCAGCCCGCGGCCGCUCUGAUGAUCUGUCCACCAUCUUAUCUGUCAUCAGUGAUGCCCAGAAGUUCAUUUACAUCUCUGUCAUGGACUACCUUCCGCUGUCUCAGUUCACAGAGCCAGUCAGGUUCUGGCCCGCCAUCGACUCGGGCCUCCGAGCUGCAGCCUGCACCAGAGGGGUGGAGGUCAAACUGAUGGUCAGCUGCUGGAAACACUCGCCUGCCGCCAUGUUCACCUUCCUGCAGUCCCUGCUGGUGCUCAACAGACCUCCACUGAAAUGCAGCAUUGAAGUGAAAGUCUUCACGGUGCCUUCGACGACGGAGCAGAUGAAGAUCCCUUUUGCACGAGUCAAUCAUGCCAAGUACAUGGUGACGGACAGAGUGGUCUACAUCGGGACGUCCAACUGGUCGGAGAACUACUUCACCAACACGGCCGGUGUGGGUUUGGUGGUGAACCAGACGGACUCUGUGGUGGAACAAGGCCAGCAGACUCUGCAGAGCCAAGCAGAGGAGCUGUUCCUCCGAGACUGGAGGUCCACGUACUCCAGCUCUCUGUCUGUGGACGACGUGGACGCGUGUCCUCUCAGCCCACACUGAGGGCUCGCGGCUCAUAAAAGCGCUUUGCAUUGCUGAUGAGCAUCUUGCUUCCUCCUGCUACUUGAACUUAAUCUUAUCUAGACGGGAUCAGCUCGCUGUGAAUAAACACGGUUAGUUUCAUUGCUGUUUACUGGCUGCCUGCCCUUUUCUGUAUAUAAUUGCAUUUUUAAAUUUGAUUUGGAAGCGUGUUAUUUUUUAUACUCUGUGAUGUUCUGAGAAUUGUCUCACAAAUUGAGGUGCAAGGCUUUGUACUUAAUUAUUUUUAUGCCUGGAGCAUUUUGCAUAUCUGCCCUGAAGAUGUUGGUGCCAAGCUUUAACAGUCUGCUGCAGGAAAUCAAGCGUUUCCAAAGAGGUGCGCACAAACCACCGCCAUGUUUACAUCAUCACCCAGUCUGUCCUCCUGUAAUGUUUCUGUGUAACCACCUGAUGUAACGCCAGCCCAGCAGUAGCAGAUUGUUGUAAAUACAAGUUGUCAGUUUUCCAUUUCUAGCUGAUGGCUGGCUCACAGAGAUCCACUACGGAAAGAACUUUGUGUUUCGUUCUACGUUUUCCUCGUCCUGUAUCUGUUUUACUGUAUCGAUCAAUGCUGUAGCGUUUCCCCAAUCGGUCCAUCACCAGGGUUAUCUGUUGUAUGUGUGAGAUCCUCCUCCUGUCAUUAGCAGACACGUCGAGGCUUCUCAGACUGUUGCACUGUUAAACGAAGGGACCUCCUGGUUCUGGAUGGAUGGAGGAACUUUUCAUUCGAUCACUAACAGAGCGGUUUACUGGAUCAAUAAAAGUAUGAAUAAAACCUGC